GGCUGGAGUGUCUGUUUACACCGAGGCUUACGCCCAGAUACCCUUACCCUUUGUGUACUCUCACACUCUCUCAUACACGCACACACUCACACGCACACAGGGGCGUCACUCGGGCGCUACACUGGCACUGGCGCUUAGGGUUUCGAUGCGCGGGGGCAGGGUCUAGGGGCAGCGCGGCAUCGGCCAGCGGCAUCGAUGAGUGUGAGUGGUUUCGUCGCCUAUGGCGCGCCAGCAGCUGUGAUUCUAGCUCUAGGUUUGGUUUGUGGUGUGGCAGCAGUGGCGGCGGCGGCAGAGCUCGGCCAGCCGAUUGCGAGAGGGGUUUCCGAGAAGCGAUCAGUGGUGAAUGCGGUGGGAAUGGACUAGAGAGGGGAUAUGUGUACAUGCUUGAGCUCGUUCUUCAUGGGAAACUGCUGGAGUGGAACUAGCUUGGUUUCGUCACACGGCAACGCCAGGAAUUCUGGUCAAGUCGAGCCAGCCACAGAGCCUAGCCAGGCAUCCGAGAAGGGGUCCUUGUCCGCCAAUGGGUCAGUGAGUGACCCCUCCAAUCCAGGUUCCACCGAAGUCAGGCAAGGGGCUCAUCUUCGAAUAUUUAGCUUCACCGAUCUGAGAUCCGCCACGCGGAACUUCCGACCCGACAGUCUGCUGGGUGAAGGGGGAUUUGGAAGUGUUUUCAAGGGAUGGAUAGAUGAGAAUGGGACAGGAGCUGUCAAGCCUGGAACAGGACUAGUUGUAGCGGUGAAGCAGCUCAAUCCCGAGGGGUUGCAAGGACACAGAGAGUGGCUGGCAGAGGUGAAUUUUCUUGGGCAGCUCCAUCACCCGAAUCUCGUCCGGUUGAUUGGCUACUGCGCCGAGGAUGAUCAGCGGCUCCUUGUUUACGAGUUCAUGCCUCGCGGAAGCCUCGAGAAUCAUCUGUUUAGACGUGCCGCAUUGCCGCUUCCGUGGGCCACCAGGAUGAAGAUCGCGCUCGGGGCUGCAAAGGGUCUAGCGUUUCUUCACGAGGGCGCUUCCAGGCCAGUUAUUUAUCGAGAUUUCAAGACAUCCAACAUUCUUCUGGACCAUGAAUACACUGCCAAACUGUCGGAUUUCGGUUUGGCAAAGGAUGGUCCGGAAGGUGACAAAACGCACGUUUCGACGCGCGUAAUGGGGACUUAUGGCUAUGCAGCUCCAGAAUACGUAAUGACAGGUCACUUGACACCUAGGAGCGAUGUAUAUAGCUUUGGCGUUGUUUUGCUGGAGAUCCUGACGGGGCGACGAUCCAUGGACAAGAACCGGCCGAGCGGCGAGCACAACCUGGUGGAAUGGGCCAGACCGUUCCUGAGCGAGAAGAGGAAGCUGUUCCGGCUCAUCGACCCCCGCCUCGAGGGGCACUACUCGAUCAAAGGCUUGCAGAAGGCGGCGAUGCUGGCGCACCAGUGCAUCAGCCGGGACCCCAAGAGCAGGCCGCUGAUGAGCGAGGUGGUGGUGGCUCUGGAGCCGCUCCAGAACCCGAAAGACAUGGGCAGCUCGUCCUACAACCAUCACUCGAGCUCCGCCGCCGCAAACUUUAGAUACCACCCGCAGUUCGUGCAGCAAAACGGGAGCCACCACCAGCACAGGAAUGGCAACGGCAACGCGAGGGCGGCGCAGAUAGCCACGUACCAGCAGCGAUCCCCGCGGCCAUCCUCGUAUGGUAAAUGAAAAAAUGGAGAGGGCAUGGAGCGAUCCCAGCCAGCAUUCUCGCGCUCUCCUUGUUUCUCUUUCAUCUCUCGUCCAAUAUCUUCGCCUCUCUCGCUCGCUCUCUUCCUUCUUUCCCCGUGUUAUGGGCCUCUCGACGUAAUGUUGUACUUUAUUGGAAUGGAAUGCUAUCUAGGCUUUUAGGAUGA